AGGAAUGUGCAAAAGAGACAUUCCUCAGUACGUUCGGCUGAGCCCAAGAGGAAACGCAAAACGAUAAUACAGCACCAUAUUUUACCAUUGGCAUACUCUGCUGUGAAGUGAAACAGGGAGUGUGGAAAGUUUUCAGUUAAUUAUACAGGAUAGACUGCCAGAGACAAGCCAUACAGCAAACUAGUCACCAUGAGUGAAGAUAUUAGGUAUAUCGUUGGAGAGCUCAACAAAGAGCCUUAUAACCGCAACUAUAACCUCAUCAGCUUCGAUUCUCUUCAGGCAGAACAGUUGAUACAAGUCCUCAAUGAUGUGUUUGCUGAGAUUGAUUCCAAAAACCGUCUUGACAUUCGGGAGGAGGAGCCAGAGCAAAUGGCCAUCAGAAUGCUUGGGAUGCUUCGUAUUUUGAAAUAUAAACCUCCGGAUGACAACAUGAGCAAUUUCCGUCAAGGACUAGUGUCAGGAAACAAACAUGUUAUCUACCCAAUUUUGUACUGGCUUCUUCAGCGAAUGGACGAGCUGAAGAAACGAGCAUAUCUGGCAAAAUAUCUGGUUAAGCUUGAUAUUCCUGCUGAGAUACUUGGUGAUGCUGAUAUUGCUGAUAUUCAUAUUAAGUAUGAAGAUCUUAUUGAGCAAUUCAAGAAUCAUCGUGAAUAUGAAGGUCUCAGAAACAGUGGCUUUUCCACACAUGAACUUCGACGUGACAUCUCAGCAAUGGAAGAGGAAAAAGAUCUUGUUAUGCGAAGGAUUGAGAGAAUGAAGCAGAGGGUUGAAGGAACUCCAAACAGUGAAGACAUGCUGCAGUCAGCGAGGUCAUUGCGUAAAGAAAGGGAGAAGCAAAAGGAGAUGGCUCAGCAAGGCUUAGACCUCAAAGAUUCUACCCAGCUGUUAGAACAAAGGAUCUUACGACUUCAGAAUCAGUUGAAGGAUAUUAGAAAGGCUGGGAUGGGGACUACCCCAGAAGGUUUGCUGCAGAGGCUAGAAGAAGAUGUAAAUGUAAAUAGCUACAUAGUGAAUGACAAACUGCCCAAAGAAGUUGCUGCAAAACAGAGAAUUGUUUCUACACUUCAGAGGGUUGCAGCACAGCCAGCAAUGGGUCAACAGGAGCUGGAAGCUGUGAAUAAGCAGAUACGUGUAUUAACAUCAGAGAUCAAUAACUUGAAUGAAGCUCGUAUGAAGGAAGUUGAAGAAGAUGACAGCCCUGAGAGCAAGGUUGGAAAACUGUCAUUCUUCGCAAACUGCGCAUAUUGA